AUGGCUAAUGUAAAGAGUAGAGUUAACACGACUAAAACAGCAACUAGAAAUGGGAAAGGGAAGGUCGGCAGACCCAAAAAAUCUUUAUCUAAUGUUCAAAAUGUGACAGGCAAAGAUGUUAUCACAAGGCAAGCGAGGAGAAAAGUGAGAACACAAUCUGAGGACACUCCUAACAAGCACACAAGCCCACUUAAAGGAAACACUAAUCUCAAAAGGUUACAAUCAGGCGGCCACAUCAGACGGAAACGUAAGCUUGAUAUAAAUUUAUUUGAUGAAAUAUUAAAAAGUGAACUGCAGAUUGAUGAUAAUAACCACAACAUAGUGAAAAAAGAUGACAAACCAAACUCAAAUGUUAAGGAUGAGCUAUCAGAUUCUUUAGCCAAAGACAAUCAUCAGAAUAGAAAAAGUAGCAGUAACUCGGAGAAAAGUAGCAAUAAAGAAACUGUAAAUGUGCAGGUUUUCAUAUGUGAUUAUUGCAAUAAACAAUUUAACAACAGAGCUUCAGUACGAAGACAUCUAUUUGUCCAUGAUAAAGUGUCUUCAUUCUCAUGUCCUCAAUGUAAAAAGUACUUUCAGAAUCACUUAUAUCUAGCGGCUCAUACAAAGAGGCAACAUCCCAACUGGGAGAAGCACUUCAUGUGUAACAUUUGCGACAGACCUUAUCUGCUCAAGUCAAAUUUGAAGCUACAUUUAGCUAGCCAUAGCCGCGAUGAGAAAAUGUUCAAAUGCAUAUAUUGUAAAGAGAAAUUUGCUGAUCAACGUCUACUUAUUGAUCACGAAAAGCAGCAUUUAGUUGAUGGAAAGUAUUUGUGUAUAGUUUGUGAAAUGGCUUUUGACUGCAGAAAUAGACUAACCUUUCACUACAGGUCUCAUUUAAAAGUUAAGGAUUUUGUAUGCCAGCAUUGUGGAAAGGAGUUUCUGAGGAUGAAUUCAGUGAGACGUCAUGUGCAAGUUUGCCAUUCAGGCCACCGUCUUCAAUGUAAAAUCUGUAAAAAGUUUCUAAAGGGGCAUCUGUCCGAACAUAUGCGGACACAUGAGAAAACUAGACCACAUGUCUGCCCGGAGUGUGGACAGCGGUUCACACAGUCCACUCAAUUGACAGUUCAUCGUAGAUCACACAGUGGUGCUCGACCGUAUUCCUGUAGGAUCUGUAAACGUCCGUUCACACAUUCCAAUGCUUUAAUGCUUCAUAUACGUCGCCACACUGGUGAGAAGCCGUUUAGUUGCGCAAUGUGCCCCACAUCUUUCUCUCAGUUACCGCACAUGAAGGCUCACAUGCGUAAAAUUCAUGGAAAGGAAGAUCCCUAUAGGUGCCAGAAAUGUAAGAAAUUCUUCAAACUGAAAGCUGAGUUAGAGGAACAUUUGAAGUCUUGUAAGAAAAAGGGAAUGGGAGUAAAAGAGGAUCUAGAUGUGGAGUCAGCUACUCGACUGUCUAGGAUGAGGUUCCUGCUCGCCCUGCUACUCACUAUGAUUGCAAGCAAAGAAAAACUAAAAAUCUUAGGUUUCAACAAACGUUUAAUUGACGACUUAUUGGUGGAAUCACUGGAAGCCAUGAAUUACACUCCAUGCAAGGAUUACACUUUGACCCCCUUCAACCGCCUCAAAAUUAAUAUAGAAACACUAUUGGAAGGUACUGUCCCUUCAGAGCAAAUGGAGAAAUUGAGAAAGGACAACAAAACCACUGAGCAAGUCCUCGAAUUAUUGACAGAUGAGAAGAAACGCAACUAA